AUGCGGGGUAUUGUCAUGGAGAUACAGACAUGUGGUAAACCGAUUGAUUCGCUGUUAGAGAAGGUGCUUUGUAUGAAUAUAUUAUCCUCUAAUUAUUUCAAAGAGCUUUACCGAUUCAAGACUUACCAUGAAGUCAUUGAUGAAAUUUACAAGCAAGAUGAUCAUGUCGAACUGUGGAUGACUGGGAAUUGUCGUGGUCCUUCUACUGCAUUCUUCCUUCUUUACAAGUUUUUUACCAUGAAACCUACUGUCAAGCAAAUGCAUGGGCUACUGAAGCACCCUGAUUCUCCUUACAUUAGAGCAGAGUUGAGAAGGAAAGAGAAUGCAAUAGCACGAGUAAAUGGUAUAGCUAAUUUCCUUGUUUUGCUCAAUCAGGGUUUUGGUUUUGAUUUUAAACCUUAUGUCCACCCAAUCUAUAAUGCAAUACUGUCCCGCUUGACUAACCAAGAUCAAGAUUAA